AUGCCGCAGACUGCGAGGUGGGCGGGUACGCCCUCCAUCAAGGGACGGUCUGAGGCGACUCGGAUGGCCUUGUUGACGUUUAGCUUGGUUGGGUUGCAGUGCCUUGGUUUGACCAAGUCUAAGACUUCUUUGGUUUGGAUUGCUGGCCCUCUAUCUGGGUUGAUUAUUCAGCCUCUUAUUGGUGUCAUUGCGGAUCGAUCGCGGUCGAAAUGGGGUCGUCGGAGACCAUUUAUGGUCUUUGGAUCUUUUGUCGUGGCUCUUUGUCUAUUCAUCUUGGGAUGGACGGCGGAAAUCAUUGGGUUGUUUGUUAGAGAUCCUGAAAAGGCGAAAAAUGGCACAAUUGCCUUGGCGAUCAUCAGUAUCUAUGCGGUGGAUUUCUCCAUCAAUGUUGUUCAGGCGUGUUGUCGUAGUUUGAUUGUGGAUACGCUACCGAUUCCAUUACAGCAAGCUGGAUCCGCAUGGGCCGGCAGAAUGUGCGCCAUUGGCCAACUCUGUGCCUAUGUGGUCGGCUCCAUUGAUACUGUCAGUAUCUUUGGCAGUCUUCUUGGAGAUACACAGUUUAAGCAAAUGACCGUCAUCGCCGCCUUGUUAUUGGUGGGCGCUGUCGCUGUCACUUCUUAUUCGGUCAAGGAGCGUGUUCUGAUUUCAGCAAGGGACGAUGAUGGAAAGGCCGGUGCUUUCCAAGUGCUUUCACAGUUGUUCAAGACGACUUUCGAACUGCCGCCUCGUAUCCAAGCGAUCUGCUGGGCACAAUUCUGGGCGUGGAUUGGCUGGUUCCCCUUCCUCUUCUACAGCUCGACCUGGGUUGGCGAGACCUAUUUCCGCUAUGGUGUCCCCAAAGACGACAUGGCCAAGGCGACCGAUAUGCUCGGUGAGGUCGGCCGUGUAGGCAGUCUAUCAUUGACCGUCUUUUCAUCCAUUACCUUCUUGAGCUCCGUUCUCCUGCCAUUUUGUAUCCAACCGCCAGACUCCAAGCGAACACGUUUCACUCCACGACCUCCACCUGGCAUUGCAGCUGCCCUCAAAGCCGUGACUGCAUUCCGACCCGACCUUCAAACAGCCUGGCUAAUCUCGCAGAUCAUGUUUGCUGGAACGAUGAUCUUCGCUCCUCUGGCCCAUUCCCGAGCAUUCGCAACCUUCCUGGUAGCGGUGUGUGGUAUCCCGUGGGCAAUUAUUAGCUGGGCUCCUUUCGCCUUUAUGGGCGUGGAAAUCAACAGAUUAACAAUGGGUGCUUCAGCCGCAAUGCCAAGCUCAAAUUCCGACGUUACGAUGAUCACAUCCGCCAGUCUACGCGCAAACCCUUCUGCUGACACAGAGCUGGACGUGCUCAGACUUAAUCACCACGACUCUUUCGACAGUGACACCGAUGAGGAAGACCCAUCAUCCAACACCCCGUCAACAGGCGAACUGGCCGGCAUUUACCUAGGCGUUCUCAAUGUGUACACGACUCUCCCCCAAUUCGUCGGUACAAUGAUCAGUUGGAUCGUUUUCAGCAUUCUAGAACCUGGGCCCGGGCCCGCAACAGACAACACCUCUGAUACGAAGUGGAUGAACUUGGACAAAGAUCGACCCAACGCCAUCGCCAUCUGCCUCUUCAUCGGCGCGAUCAGCGCACUGGUGGCUGCCGAGGCCACUCGACGAUUGCGGUACAUACUGUGA